GCAGUUGCAUUUACAAAGAAUACUCUUUUUGCUGUCAUCUGCUUUAUCUUAUUUUCGACAGCAAAUACUGCAAUGCAUACAGGCUGGAUGGUAAAUUACAUGGACCUGUCGCCAAACUUCUGCGGUGCGCUGAUGGCAACAGGCAAUGGAAUAACAGACGUUUUAGGUGUCAUCUUGCCUGUAAUAAUAUCUAAUGUCGUAACAGAUGUGACAAAUCAGUAUCAAUGGCGAGUCGUAAUGUUAAUUUUGGCUGGUUUUACAUUUAUCGGUAACAUAAUCUUCAUCUUGUUCAUGUCAACUGAAAUUCAACCAUGGAACACAGGUGAUGGUGAAAAAGAGACCAAGAAAAUUGAAGAUUAGCUAUUAGAGAAAUAAAAUAAGAAGUGAAGUAAUAACAUGAAAAAUUCUCAUUCAGAUCACAAUCAAAUUAGAAUAGAACCAUAUGACAAGCAUCGGCUUAAAGGUACACCCAGGAAUAAGUAAUGUGAUAAAACAUAAAAAAUACUGUCGACUUGAGAACAUCCUGCUUUCUUCGAAGUCAGCCAAUAAUUUGUUGCCAGUAUGAAAAAUACAGUGAACAAUAUUAUAAAAUUGAACCGUUUAAAGUUUAAGUGGUGAGCAAAUUACAGCAAGAAAGUCUUUCAGCCUCUCCUUUGGUCCACAUUUCAGAUAUUUUAAACUUACUGUAAGUAACUCGAAAAUCUCACUAGAAAAUACAGAAGCUGGUUAGUAAUAUAUUCUUUUAUAGUGGAGAACCGCCUUUUGCAUGAAAUUUUUUGUCAUUGUUCGCUUGGUAUAUCGAGAUAUACCAAGCACUGACUUGUAUAUAUGUAUAUUUUAAUGAGCUUAAGUUAGAUUUAUAAUAAAUGUAUAAAUA